CUUUUUGGUAUCAUCGCAUCUUACAGCCUUGUUCACCUUACCACUCCAAAUGUUAUUUUUAGCAUAGCCUAUCCAGAUUGUAUCGUGCUUGUUUUUUCCCAAAAUCUGUGGUGCGUUUCCCAAAAGCAUAGCUGCUAACUAUGAUGCAUCUACUGUGGUAGCGUCACUGCCAAAUCUGAGUUGACAGUAUUUGAGUCACGCGUUACAAAGGACAAUUCCAGCGCAAAAUGAACCUAAGAGUUAAUAACACAUGUGUACCGAGUUCCUCCGUUCUCUGGGAUAUGUUUUCAUGCUAAACGAACGUGACCGUGAAAGAUAGUUUAGAAACAGUACCGUUCACGUAUACAAGCGGGCGCCAUCUUGGGAAAACAAGUCACGUGACAGUUCAGCUCGCGUUGCUCCAGUCCAACAUUAUACAACGUGAGCUGAAUUGUCACGUGACUGUUUUCCCAAGAUGGCACCAGCCUGUAUCCGUGAACUGUACGGUUUCUAAACUAUCUUUUUAAUAAACUGUCUGCACACUUACAAAGUUCUCAAUGCUUCGGUUUACAUGUAGGGCCCCUCAUUAUACUACCGUGGAAGUGUGGCGCUUUUGAGCUUUGUUAGUGGUAUAGAAAUAGCGAUUUCUUUUUAUUUUGCGUGUGCCCCGAAGACUAGCGUUAACUGCUUAUUAGCGGUUUGUGGUAAAACUGGUCACGUUCGAUAAGCAUGAAAACAUAUCCCAGAGAAUAGACGAACUCGGUACACAUAGGUACUCUAGGUUCAUUUUGCGCCGGAAUUGUCCUUUAACAAUACAGAAAUACAGUGUUGAUAUUUGGUCGGAUUUCGGUCACAUUUUAGUAAGAGCUAACAAAUAUGCUCUAAUUUUUUUAAUUUUCCAAAAUUAAAAACAUGAUAUGUGACAGUAUGAAUCUUAAGUGUUUGUCCAUGUGUAACUCAAAUCUACGGACUCACAUUUGACACUUUGACACUACCAAUCUAGUUGCUAUCAUAGUUAGCAAUGGACCUCUGCUUCAAACCACAUACAGAGGUGGUUUUGGAAUGUGAUUCCAACCAGAUUUUUACAGAUCCGUUUCAUUCUGAACAUCUCGGUCGCUUGAAUAGGAUUACAGUGUCUUCCAUGUCACUCGCAACACAACACAAACAACAACAACGACAACGUAGAUCCGUGGGGUAUACUACAAAUCUCGAUUAGUAGGUAUGUUGCGCUCAAAGCCAGGGUAUGCUGUGACACGAAAGUGGAUCUGUUUUAGCAUCGCUAUAUCCCCAUGGUAUCUUAUGCUCGCAACUAAACCUGGUCGAGACGAGGUUAUGUGCUAAAUUAUAGCUCAAAUCGUGUAAUCUACCGCCCACUGACCAAUCAAUUGUCUUAAAAAACGAAGUUCUCUUUCAGUCAAACUACUCGGCGUUAACCAAUGGGAAUACAUUCCACGAUCACUUGAUCACAAAUUAAGUCCUCUCACAGGUCCUGCUAAGGUUCUGUUAGCGCGAAAAACGGCUCGGCUAUAAUAAGCCGCCGCGGCCAACGACAAUCACUCUUUCAUUCUUCAGCGACGUCGCUUGAAGUUUCUUACAAGAGAAUCAAAACACAGUCUUGCGAGCAAAAGGAAAGGCAAAGGAUAUCGGGAGAACUUAAAGGAGCGGGAGAGACGGGUGUCAUCGACUUCAGCCUUGCCGGGGAAGAAGACGACUGCUGCCGACUCUUUCUAUACCUCUAUCUAUUUUUCUCGCUUUUCUAUGUGGAGGUGCGGUCGGAGCUGCGGGAUGUGGAUCCCCGCUCUGGACCCACACCCGGUCUGCAUAAGCUGCCUGGGUGUCGACCAUGCCCCGCGGUUUGAGGCGACCCAGAAAAGCACGGAGGCGGUGAAGAGCUUUCUGCCUCGGCGAGAAGGGACCUCCCGCCCCACCGCGCAGGCGCCGACAAUGGCCACUCACCAUGUGCGGGCAAGACGCAGGGGUGCGCCACACCCACAGCGGCAGCAACAACAGCAGCAGCAGCAGCAGAGGCCGCCUGGACAACAGAGGGACAUCUACCCACCGCGGCAGGACAGGCAGUCAAGGCGAGGCUGGAAGCGGGGCAGAGAGCGGUCUGCUUCACGCCCAGCCCCCACCGGCCAGCCUCAGGCAAGACUGUUGGGACGGUCACGGGAGGUUGGCGAGCCGUUCCCCAAGCGCGCCAGGAUUCUCCAAAGUGACAGUUCAUGCGCAGUUGCGCUAUUGUAUCCACAAGCACUUGUUAAUAAACCUCCUCCCUCCGGCGGCGGCUUUGCAUGCGGUUCCCCUCGGCCUCCUUCACAUGCGGGAUCUCCAAGCAUGGUUCUCAGCGCUCAGGGACAGACACAAGCGCGUUCGGAUGGAUCGGAGAUGCUGGAGAGCUCUUGCUUAUUGGCUUACCCCCGAGAACCUCUCAGUUGGAGCCCCGCUGGGGAGAGUAGCCCACCGGCAGGUGGUGACUACGGAUGCCAGCCUCCUUGGCUGGGGAGGAGUAUGCGAUGGGUGAGCGAUCAGGGGGACAUGGAACAGGCAGCUACAGCGUUUGCACAUAAAUGCGCUGGAGCUCAUGACAGUGUACCUUGUGCUCAAGCAUUUUCGCCCGCUUAUAGCAGGGCGUCAUGUGUUGGUGAGGUCGGACAACACUGCGACAGUGGCAUACAUCAAUCGCCAGGGGCCGUAGCUAUAUCACCUAGCGACGAGAUUGCUACUGUGGGCGAGGUGUCAUCUCCUCUCAGUCCGCGCAGAGAGGCCCUUUGUCACAUCGAGAGUGGCGCCUCCAUCCGCAAGUAGUGGAGGGGGUCUGGCAGCGCUUCGGGAGAGUGCAGGUCGAUCUUUUUGCUUCACGCGAGACGACGCACUGCCCGAAGUGGUUUGUGUUGACGGAGAGCGAUGCUCCACUGGGGGUAGACGCUCUGGCCCACGAAUGGCCGAGGAGCCUGUUAUAUGCAUAUCCCCCGAAGGCCUUGAUACCGGCGGUCUUAGAGAGGGUGAGGAG